CUGAGCAGUAAAUUAUCAUUCUCGUGCACGGAACUCGAUAACUAAAAUUGGAAGACCAAUACCCGGAUUACCAGUAUUGCCAAUAGUCUAAAUCAUCGUGCACAUUGUGAGCGUGAUAUCAUAAAAGUAUGGUUACCAUAGGAGAGGCAUUUACGCCGACGGAUGGGAUAAUUUACUCCGCGUCGGAUGUGAAGUUGAAGAUGGGCGAUAGUUUGAUUCCAUCCCCGGGAUCGUUGCAUUUGACUGAAAGUUCGUGCAUUUGGAGCUGCGAGGAACGGAAUGCCAGCAUCAGCAUUCCAUGGCCCCGUGUUGGAGUACAUGCCAUUUCGUCCGUACCGGGGGAAGGUCUGUUUAUGAUGCUGGACGUAAACAUCGUCUGGCCCGGCUUUUAUAGCGGACAGCCGGAGAACAAUGGUGAUGCGCAUCCAGAUGAACUGGGGGAAGAUGACGAGGGGCACGAUUCCGAGAUAUCCGAGGCAGCAAUGACAGAGAUUUGGUUGCAACCGACCAGCCGAGAGAUUUUGGAUCAAAUUUUUAGUGCCAUGCGUGAGUGUCAGAGUUUAAACCCGGGCUCGGAUGUUAGCGAGGACGAAGACUACAUGGAGGCGGAAGAGGAUGAGCUGGAGGAGGUUGGAGAUAUGCGAAAUUUGCAGCUCGAUGAUGAAGAAAAAUUUGCCGAUGCAGAAGAAUAACCAUGCACGAUCGGAGAAGAAACUGCUACACAUUAAACGAAUCUUACUUGCGUUCGAUGGAUAGAGUUAGGAUAGGCAGCGCCCGGUUUGCUGUGAUGUACAACACUCUCAUUUGGAGUCAAUCUAGGAAAGAUGGCCAAGACAGAAAACAGAAGCGGGAGGGAUGAAGAAAAAACAAAGAAAUACGCUCGCUUAACGCUGUACGAGUUGCCAUUUUGGAUCAUCGCGAGUCGUGUGUCUACAUUAUUAUUACAUUCAAAUGCCAGAGAUGCUCUGAGCGCACUAGAAUACGGAUUUGCUAAAUCAUGUUGGUCAUAAGUUGAAUUAAAGAUGGUACUAAAUCAUAUCCUUAUUGGGUGGUUAAU